AUGGAGGAAUGUGAAUUUAAAGAGCAUUUUCGAGUAAAUCGUAACACAUUUAAUUUCCUAGUUAAUAAAUUGCACCUACAUUUAGGCAAAACUACCACAACUAUGCGAGAACCUAUUUCAUUAGUAAAACGUGUUGCAGUUGCAUUACAUUAUUUAGCUUCAUGUGAAGAGUAUUGUGUUGUGUCUAGCCUUUUUGGCAUAGGAAAGUCAACAGUAAAUUUAAUUGUUCAUGAAUUUAUUAAUGCUGUUAAUGACAUUUUGCUCCCUAAAUAUGUUAAAUUUCCAUUGUCAGUGGAAAAUUUAAAUAAACAUAGUAGAGAUUUCGAAGCUAUUCUUGGUUUUCCACAAUGCGUUGGAGCUGUUGAUGGAUGCUACAUCCCUAUUUCAGCCCCUAAAGAUCAAAAUUCUUCUUUGAAAGCCAAUUUAGAAUCAAAUCUAUUUGAUAAAUGUUGUAAAGAGCUGGGCAAUUCUCUUGUUGCGCUAUGUUUCAUAGGUGAUUCAGCAUUUCCUUUAACGCGUCAUUUGUUAAAACCUUAUCCUUAA